CGCAUGCGAAAACAUUGCCGAUGCCUGCUGCCAGCCGCUUCCAGCUGAAAAUAAGCCCGAUGCCGCGUCAUUUUAAUUUUUAAACUAGAACCAAGAGGUCGCUCGGUCGGUCGGUCUGCGUCUGCGGCAGGAUAGUUAAGCGUGACGCGUGUGCGUAACAUAAAAAUAACCAUAAAACGAAUACCAGCCAGUCAGUCAGACAGUGUUCAGAGUGUUUAGUGUGAAGGGAAAUGAAGUGAAGUGUAUCUGUUUCUGUAUCUGAGUCGAGCGGAAAGGAAAUACGAAACGAAGGUUAAGCUAAACCAAAAUUCGAAAUUCCUUUUAAAAAUCGAGGGAAGAGCACGCACACCGGUUUUGUGCGAGAGAACCAAAAGACCAAAACGAAUAAAAAGAAAAAGAACCGAGUGAGCCCCAAAGAAAUUUAGACCCUCGCGAGAUGAACGGAAGACGAUUGUUUAGCAGCGGCCUGGCUCUGAGCCUGAUCUUCUGUUGUUGCGCCUCCCCGGUGUCUUUGGGCGAUGUGAGUAUCGCAAAGGGUCCCCCAGCCACGCAGACCGUGAAGGAGCAGAGCGGCCUUCAGUUGCCCUGCAAUUAUCAGCUGCCCGUUGGGUAUCGCCAGAGCAGUAGCGUCAUUCUGCGCUGGCGCAAGGACAACAAGACCCUGCGACAGGCGGAGCUGGGCCAGGCAAGCAGCACCACCAGCGAGCCCCAGCUGGAGAGCAUGCUGCGCGAGGAUGCGAGACUCACGCUCAACAAGCAGAGCGGUGCUCUGCAGUUUGCCAGCGUUCUAGCCAGCGAUGCUGGCAAAUAUCAGUGCCAGUUGCUGGUCGAGGGCGAGAUGGCCGCCAGCUCCAGCAGCGGCCUUCUGGAGGUCAUCGAGCAGCUGAAGUUUGUGCCGCAGCCCACCUCCAAGAACCUGGAGCUGGGCUCCUACAGCAAAGUGCAUUGCAAGGCUCAGGGAACGCCGACGCCGCAAGUCAAAUGGAUGAGGGAAACCCAACUGCCGCUGCCCACGAACGUGACCGAUCAAAAUGGAACGCUGAUCUUCAGCCAGGUCAGCAAUGACCAGCGCGGACAGUACACCUGCUUUGCCUCGAACAGCCAGGGCCAGAUCAGUGCCACAGUGUCCAUCGGUGUGGUGGUGGCACCCAAGUUCAGUGUGCCCCCGGAGGGACCCAUUGAGACCACGGAGCAGGGCACUGUGGUGAUGCACUGUCAGGCUAUUGGGGAGCCCAAACCCACCAUACAGUGGGACAAGGAUCUGGCCUAUCUCAAUGAGAACAACACGGACGGAGAGCGCUUCACUCUGAUGGAGAACGGCACCCUGGAGAUACGGAAUGUUCAGGCCGAGGAUGAGGGACGCUAUGGCUGCACCAUCGGCAGCAGUGCUGGCCUGAAGCGCGCAGAGGUUCUGCUGGUGGUCAAGUCUGCCAAAUCGGCCUCCAACUCCAUUGUCACCCGCAUCAUCAUUGUGAUCAUCUGCCUGGCCUUCCUCUACUUUGUGCUGGUGCUGGGCCUGAAGGUCUGGUAUCGCUAUCGCCGGCACCUGGGCAAGGUGCAGCUGGAGGAUGCCACCCAUGCGCCCACCUGCGACGGACAUGAGCAUGCCGAGCAUGAGCCCUGCCUGACGGAGGCAAACAACUCCAGCAAGAAUCUGAAGAGCAACAAGCUGCGGGAGAGCACCAUCCUGGAGCAUGAGUCUCAGGUGGCCGAUGAAAUUGUCUGAGUGCCAUGCCCUGCCGCCCUUUGCUUCGACUUUCAAUGAUCUCGUCCCACCAAACCCUUUUCCCCCUAAAAUGUUACUCCAUUUUGUUGUUGAGUGUAAAAUAGAAACAA